AUGGCUGCACGAAAUUCCCCCUUCGACCUCUCCAAAUGCGCGCGCCCCAAUAUCCUUAAAUUGCAGCCUUAUCGUUGCGCCCGAGAUGACUACAAGGACGACGGAACGAACAUCUUGCUCGACGCCAACGAAAAUGCCUACGGUCCGGGUCUCGCCUUGAACUCUGAAGGAGCGCUUAAGCUCUCGACUGUGACUGGAGACUCGAUUGGCUCGUCCAAGCCCGAAAUCGAUCUCUUGGGAUUGAACCGCUAUCCGGACCCCCACCAGAUCGAACUGAAGCAGCUAUUCUGCAACCUCCGCAACACUCACCACCACACCCCGAAGACCCUCCGGCCGGAAAGCCUCUUCGUUGGCGUCGGAUCCGACGAGGUAAUCGAUGCGCUCCUGCGCUGCUUCUGCGUACCGGGCAAGGACAAGAUCCUGACAUGUCCCCCAACGUAUGGCAUGUACAGCGUCAGCGCACAGACCAACGACGUCGAGAUCGUGACGGUACCACUGGACGCGGACAACGAGUUCCAGCUGCAGCCGGACAAGAUCAACGAGGCACUGUCGGCGGAUCCCUCGAUCAAGCUGGUGUAUAUCUGCUCGCCCGGCAACCCGACCGCCAACCUGAUCAAGAAAGCCGAUAUCCAGAAGGUGCUGGAGCACCCGACGUGGAACGGCGUGGUGGUGGUGGACGAGGCAUACAUUGAUUUCGCGCCGGAGGGCUCGAGUCUGGCCGAAUGGGUCAACGAGUGGCCCAACCUGGCGGUCAUGCAGACGCUGAGCAAGGCGUUCGGGUUGGCAGGCAUCCGGCUGGGCGUGUGCUUCACAAGCCCCCCGAUCGCGACGCUGCUGAACAGCCUCAAGGCGCCCUACAACAUCUCCAGCCUGACCAGUGCGCUCGCGACCGCGGCCCUCUCCCCCACCCACCAGGCCGUGAUGCAGAAAUACCGCGGGCUGAUCGUUGCCCAGCGCGACCGCCUAGUGCAGGAGUUGCCCCAGAUCCCCGGCAUCGGACGCUUCCGUGGCGGAAAGGAGUCUAACUUUCUCCUAGUGGAGGUCCUAGAUAAGCCGGCCAGCGAGGGCGGCAAGCCCAGCAAUGUGAUCGCCCAGGCGGCUUAUGAAGCCAUGGCGGAAAAGCGUGGUGUUGUCGUGCGCUUCCGGGGUAAGGAACUCGGAUGCGAGGGCUGUCUCCGGAUCACCGUGGGCACAGAGGAGGAAGUCACUCGAUUCCUGCGGGAGAUUAGAGCCGUCCUCAGUGGUCUUCACAAGGGGGAGAACAUUCAAUCCGUGAGAGAGCAGGUGAGCCAGAACUGA